ACAUUUUUGAUAAAUCUGUUAUAAAUCUUGUAAAUCUUAAUUUACGAAUCUCACGAAUUGAAAAAUUAAAUGAUCAAUUAUGAAGAUUAAAUUGGUAUACAAUAAGAAUAAAAUAAAAAAUCUGUUUCCAACUGUUAGAAAGCAAUUUCAUUGAAUAGUAAUGCAUACGAAAUUCAAACGAUCGAGAGAAAUAUUUCUCUAUCGAGAUUGAGAAAAUCGAUUUGAAACUAUUUGAUUAUUACGGACACGGAUGUAUUUACAUCCACGUUAUAAUUUUCUCCACAAUUUCAAGGAUCUAAGAAAAAUCAUUGAUAUUAGACGAUCAUUUAUGAUUCACGACGAUAAGUUUUCACCAUGGAUAAGCAGGGGGGCAAGCAGGCAGGCAUCGGUACUACAAUAUACUUGACUCGUUUGCACGCUUCACCGAUCGUGAGAAUACAAUGACCCAGAGCUAUCCGUUUUUUGUUGAAUGUAUAACAGUUUUAAAGAAAACCUUGGUGCUUUAUACAAAAGUGAACGAGUUGGUUGUGUUGUUAGUGCUUUCGACCGAGAAUAUUUCUUUUUUCUCUUAUACUUUCUUUUGAUCUUCUAUAUGUGUAACGUAGCAGCGAAAGGCUGUGUUAUAUCUCCCUUCCCUCCUCUUCCUCCUCCUCCUCUUCAUGUAAAUAUAUACUCCGUAUUUCUAACAAAUCAUCGUUUUCUAACUAAAACAUUCGUUUCACUUUCAGAAUUCUCUUAUGGAGCUCAAGACUUUAGUUACGACGGAAUUCACGGCCCGUCGCAUUGGGCCGAUGAUUAUCAGUCCUGCGUUGGGAAACAUCAAUCACCCAUUAACAUAGAUGAACACAAUGUACAAAAUAUCAUCUUCCCUCCAUUGGUUUUUCAAAGAUUGAACGUUCCUCGUACUUCUUUCAUAACAAACAAUGGACAUACCGUGAUGAUCCAGACUAACAACAAAUCAGACUCAGCUCUGGUUUCCGGUGGUCCUCUUGGUAAGAACACUUACGUUUUCGAACAACUUCAUUUUCAUUGGGGUGAGAACGAUUUGAAAGGAUCGGAAGAUUACAUCAAUAAUCAUACGUUUGCUAUGGAACUCCAUGCUGUCUUCUAUAAGCAGGAAUACAAUUCGAUGGCUGCUGCGGUCAACCAUUCGGACGGACUUGCUGUUUUUGCAUAUUUCUACGAGGCAGACGAUAAAGAGAAUCCAACUUACAAUGCUAUAGUUGAAGCAUUAUCAGAUGUGGAGAUGGUUAAUAGCAAACAUGAACUCGAAGAGCCACUGCUGUUAGAACACCUAUUGCAACCGAAUAAUUCUACUAUAGCUAACUAUUUUACGUAUAAUGGCUCCUUGACUACUCCACCUUGUUUUGAAGUAGUUACGUGGAUCGAUUUUAAAGAUCCUCAAUUGUUAUCCCACGAACAGUUGGCUGCAUUUCGUAAUCUUCGUACAUCCGAGGGAAAAAAAUUAACACAUAAUUUUCGGCCGGUACAACCAUUGUUCGAUCGACUGGUUUAUCAUAACAUUUUAGAAAAUAAAGAUAAUUCACAGAACGGUCAACUUUCUAUUCAUAAUAAAGUAACUAUGUUGAUUAUCUUUUUCGUCUCAAUGCUUCUAAUAACUAUUUGAAGACGAAAAAAUACGUAUUCUAGUCAAGCGUAUAAUAAUCGCACUUCUACGGUUUUACAGAGAAGAUUAUUUUAUAAACUUACGAUUGUGUAUACAUAAAUUAUUUUAUGCGCGAUAAAUAUUUUGUUAUCAUUUAAAUGCAACGUGUGAUUCAUAAUACAUACGUUUUUAUUAUUCUGACAACAUAUUUUUUGUUUAUAGCGUCAUUUAAAUAUCUAUCAAUUAUGAAUAAUCUGUAUGCUUUUAUAUUUUCAUCUUUUCUUGUACCCAGCAUCUAUAUUUGAUAACAAUUUCAUUUACAAAAAACAAAUUACAAUUCUGAAUUCAUAGCACUACAUCUCUUCAUAAUUUAAAUACAAUGAUAAUACUGUAGAUGUAAGUAUUUAUGUAAUAAAUUAAAAAACAGUAAAGUAAAAAACACUAAGUUAAUCUUAAA